UUGGAGAUGGGCGAUGGAACAGAAACACCAUUCUUGUCAGAAGCAGAGAUUAAUACGCAUCUCGAAGAUUUGGCUCAAGCAGAUGGCUCCGACUUUAUGGUCGAUAACGAUCUCCUCACUCAAGCAAUGAAUCUAGGCUUUUCCGAAGAGGAGGCUAAAUCUGCACUGAAAAUGACCAGGAACGACCUAGAGGCUGCUCUUCAACAACUAUUCUCUAAAGCCGAUGAAAAAGCAAGUAGUAGUAAACAAACCAAGUAA